CGCUUCUGGGCUGUGCCAAGAUGGACGCUCCGCGGGCUCGGGAGCAGCUCCGACGGCGAUACCUGUUCCCGCCGGACACCGAGGCCCAGCUGGACAGGGAGGGCUACGCCGGGCCGGAAACCUCUACAGCUGUUGAAAAAAAGGAGAAACCUCUUCCAAGACUUAAUAUCCAUUCCGGAUUCUGGAUUUUGGCAUCCAUUGUUGUGACCUACUAUGUUGAUUUCUUUAAAACUGUUAAAGAAAACUUUCACACUAGUAGCUGGUUUGUCAUUGGCGGUGCCCUGCUGCUCCUCAGCCUGUCGAUCGCAUGUUACUGUAUUCUCUACCUGGAGUGGUGUCGGGGAAUUGAAGAUUACGACGUCCGGUAUCCCACCUUGAUCCCCGUCACCACUGCUGCUUUUCUUGCGGCUGGAAUUUGCUUCAACAUUGCUCUGUGGCACGUGUGGUCCUUCCUCACUCCACUGGUGUUGUUCACUCAGUUUAUGGGGGUUGUGAUGCUCAUCUCACUGCUUGGCUGAUUUCUAAAGGUUUUAGAGCGUGUCAGUGUGAAUGCUUCCAUGGCCAGCUGGAAGAAGGCACCACAGACGGAAUGCAAAGUCUACAAUGUGUUUUUGCUUCUAGGAAGUGAGUGGUUUCCUGGGAAAAAUUAUAGCUUUGCAGUCUGGUUGAAAUCAGAAUAAAUUCAAGCUCAUUUGCCUAUUCUUAAACUCAACAGUUAUUGAAUUUUUCAAAUUCAAAACAGAAAUCUUCUGUUCAAAAUAGAAGUAAUUAAUUUGCAGUGUUAAUCUGAAUCAUUGGAGCAAGUAUUGGUGUAAAUAUUUAAGUAGCGUUUCAUUAUACAUACAUGGUGUCCUCCCAAAAUGGCAGAUAAAUUGUUGACUCCUUGGUUGUAUACGAUCACUGGGUAUAUAUAAAGGAAUGAUCGUGUCCUGUGCCUUUAACCCAGCUUUAGCAAUUACUGUAUUUCUCAUUUUUAUAAUAGUCUUGUUAGGUGAGAGGACCAACUGGAAGCAUUUUAUGUGUUCCUAUCACUUUAGAUAUUAUCAUGUGUACAUUACCGGGUUUCUAGCAUUUAUUUAACAUAGAUUUAAGUAUGUGUAAUUUUUUCCUUAACAUUUAAAUAAAUAUUUUUAUAACUUU